ACCCUCCCCAAUUUCCACUCCCCCCCACCCCACUUCGCCUGCCGCGGUUGGGUCCGUGGCCUGCGUUGUAGCGGUCGCGAUUUCUUGGAAGCGGCAACUCCCCUCCCCCACCCUGGUCCCGGUCCCCGUCCAGCCGCUGACGUGAAGAUGAGCAGCUCAGAGGAAGUGUCCUGGAUUUCCUGGUUCUGUGGGCUCCGUGGCAAUGAAUUCUUCUGUGAAGUGGAUGAAGACUACAUCCAGGACAAAUUCAAUCUCACUGGACUCAAUGAGCAGGUGCCUCACUAUCGACAAGCUCUAGACAUGAUCUUGGACCUGGAGCCUGAUGAAGAGCUGGAAGACAACCCCAACCAGAGUGACCUGAUUGAGCAGGCAGCUGAGAUGCUUUAUGGAUUGAUCCACGCCCGCUAUAUCCUCACCAACCGUGGCAUCGCCCAGAUGUUGGAAAAGUACCAGCAAGGAGACUUUGGCUACUGUCCCCGUGUGUACUGUGAGAACCAGCCAAUGCUUCCCAUCGGCCUUUCGGACAUCCCAGGUGAGGCCAUGGUGAAGCUCUACUGCCCCAAGUGCAUGGACGUGUACACACCCAAGUCAUCGAGGCACCAUCACACGGACGGAGCCUACUUCGGCACCGGUUUCCCUCACAUGCUCUUCAUGGUGCACCCUGAGUACCGGCCCAAACGGCCCGCCAACCAGUUUGUGCCCAGGCUCUACGGUUUCAAGAUCCAUCCAAUGGCCUACCAGCUGCAGCUCCAAGCCGCCAGCAACUUCAAGAGCCCAGUCAAGACGAUUCGCUGAUUCCCCACCCAACCUGUCCCUCUGCCUUUAACACCUCUAUUCCUUUGCUGCGUCCCUUUCAGGAACCCUUUAUGGUUUUUAGUUUAAAUUAAAGGAGCCAUUAUUGUGGUGGGAAUAUGAAAUAAAGUGGAAGAAAAGGCCA